GCUCGAGCAAGUGGAGCUGCCAAGAUCAAGUGCACGCACGCAGGGAGACGGUUUUGCCUCUGAAGGUCUAAAAAACCGCCAUGGUGCUCUUGCGGUUCUCCAGGCUUGUCCUCAUCAUAGGGGCCCUCGUCCCUCGACUGUCUGUGGGAUGCCCCUCCGGCUGUCGCUGCUACAGCCUCACAGUAGAGUGCGGAUCUCUGGGGGUCAAAGAAAUCCCACAGGGCGUCUCCUCUGUUACCGAGACCAUCUUCCUCCAGGACAACGCUAUAGUGCAGAUCCGUCUUCAGGAUCUAACUCGUCUUGGCAGCCUGCAUUACCUCUACCUUCAGAAUAACAGCAUCUCAGCCCUGGAGCCUGGCGCCUUUCUGAGCCAGGGGCAGCUGCUGGAGCUCGCACUCAAUGGCAACCUCAUCCACCUGGUCACCCAGGACAUGUUCCGGGGUCUGGAGCACCUCCGGAUCCUGUACCUUGCUGGGAACCAGAUCACUCGAGUGCAAGACCACACCUUCAGGGGACUGCAGCGUCUGCAGGAACUCCACCUGCAAGAAAACAGCAUAGAGCUGCUGGCAGAGCAAGCCCUGUCUGGCUUGUCAUCUCUGGCGCUGCUGGAUCUCAGCAGAAAUCACCUCCGUACCCUGGGAGCCUCGUCCCUCAAACCGCUCGUGAGCCUGCAGGUGCUCCGUGUCACAGAGAAUCCUUGGCGCUGUGAUUGUGCUCUGGGAUGGCUGAGAACCUGGAUAAGCGAAGAUGGACAGCGUCUGUUGAGCUCUGCCGAACAGCGUCGACUGAUGUGCUCUGAGCCGCCUCGCCUCUCCCACCUCAGCCUGGUGGAGGUGGCUCCCAACAGCCUGGUCUGCAUCCCCCCUGUGGUGCAGCUCGAGCCCAGCCAUCUGACUGUGCGACUCGGGGAGAGCCUCCGAGUCUCGUGCCAGGCUUCCGGAUACCCUCAGCCUCAGGUGACCUGGAAAAAAGCCUCCCAUGGCAAGGCCCAGUUAUCCCCUCGAGGUCUGGUUCAAGAGGUGGGACCAAAUGGUGAGCUCUUCAGGCCUGGCGCUGGAGGAGUGGUGACAGCCUUGCCCUCCAGUAGUGGAGGGAUCAAGGUUGGAGGUGUUGGAGGAAUCCAGGGACUUGUGCGAGGGACAGAGGAGGGCGGUGAGAGGGACAGCUUUGAUCCAGACAUGGGCAGCGGCAUGCUGUUCCUCAGCAAUGUCACUGUAGCGCAUGCCGGGCGCUACGAGUGUGAAGCCUGGAACCCUGGUGGUGUAGCCAGAGUUACCUUUCAUCUGGCUGUCAACAUGUCCUCGUCUUCGUAUUCAUCCCAGCUCUGGCCUCGUUUGAACAUGCACUCCUUUGUUUCCUCUUCAUCUAACUCCUUCUAUCAGCCAGAGGUUCUGGAUGUUAGCCAGGAGCUGCUCUAUGAACAAGACAGCAUGGACUUCUAUGCUCUUGGCCCUGCUACGCAGACCGCCAUCGCCAUUGGCAUCUCCUUGCUAGCACUCACUGCCGUCCUCCUCUUGAUUAUGAUCUACACUCGUCACCAGCAGUACCGCAAAGAAGAAGGCGGAUCCUACUGUACCAGCAAGGAAGAAAGCAUCCUCUAUGUGAAUGACUACUCCGACGGACCCACCACCUUUGCGCAACUGGAGGAGUACCGUGACGACCACGGCCACGAGAUGUACGUACUAAACAGAACCAAGCCUGUCCUGGGCUCCACUUCAUCCAGGUAUCCAAUGAUGACUGGGUUUGUCCAGCAGAAGGGUAUGAAGGAGGCUCUCCUGGACCAUGAAAUGGUGCAGACUUUGACCAGAUCGGGAGGAUUGGGGCUUCGCAGAAACCCAGCAGAUGGAGGAGAGGGACCCCUAACAACAGAUCCAGAGGAACUCUUCCUCAGUCAGAGUCUCCUCUUCGGAUCACAGGUUGCUUACGAGAUCCACUGCUAAGGGGUUUUAACUGUGUUCUAACAUUAAACAAUAUGUUGUUGGACUUAGUGAAAGACAUUAAAGGAAAUCAGCUUGGUGCAAUAGUUUUAAGCAUCACAUCAUUAUGUGGUCUUCAAAGAGGGGAGAGCAUCAAUAAUUGGUUGCUUUUGAUCAUUAUCAGCCUCUCAGAGAUCCUCGUCUGAUUGAUUGCACGACAUUAAGAUGGGUCAGAGUGAUGAACGGUGAUAUUUAGGAAAAUGACCAUACCUUUCUGUCUUGAAAAAAAAAAAACCCUUUAAGGAUAAUCAUGAGUGGCUAACUUUAUCUGAAAUGGUUUGCUUUGACAGUUCAUCUAAAUCCUGACAAAAGAGGCUACAGCACACAAUGGCAACUAACAAUGUGGAUUCAAACAGUGAGUCAUAUUUUGUACUUCUUGUUUUCUUUUGGUGUGUUAUGUCAGUGUUUUGUGAAAAUAUAAUAAAGCUAAUUACCACUGUGAAGUGCAGUCGUUCUGUGGACCCUGUUGCAGAUCCUGUUAGAAUUAGACCUAAACCGAUCCUCAUACUGAAACUACAUUGUCAUUACCCAUAUGUGUGAGUGGGUGUAGGUAGGUGGAUUUGUUUGAAGAGGUUCAUUAUGAAUGCAGCAGUCUUUUUGUUUUUGUUUUUACAUUUUUACCAUUGCAGUGUAUUUCUUGAUGUUAACAUGUCCUGUUUUUGUUGCAACUGUUUUUGUUGCAAAACUAGAACAAGAAAUUAACAUUUCUAUUGUCUGGAAUUUAGUCAUUUGUGGAAUUAAUAACAUUAACAUCAGU